UUGGCAACGCCAGACGACAGCUGAUGAGUAACUUACAAAAAAGCAAAACCUUAUACAAAAAAGUUGCAAGUGUAUACAUAUAGGCAUAUAUGACGUGCGCAAGAUGCAGCGAUCUCAUGCGGAGCAGAAAAAUAACGGAAAGCGUCAGCCCGGCAAUUGCAAUGUCCAUGCACAAGCCGAACAGCAGCAGCAGCAGCAACAACAUUCGCACAACAACAGCAACAGCAAUAGCAAUGCAUCGGCUUUGACGCCACCGAAAACAUUGGCAUUGAAUCAAAACAAUUAUCAUCCAGCUUCUUCCAUUCCAAUUGCAUCCUUGGAUACAUCAAAUGGUGAGCAUGACUGCGAAACAGAUGCCGAUUAUCCUGAUUCACGUUACGAGUGUGCCAUAUGCAUAGACUGGCUCAAUGAGCCAGUCCUCACAUCGUGUGGUCAUCGGUUUUGCAAGAGUUGCCUCAACGAUUGGCUUCAAAAUCACAAUCAAUGCUGUCCUCUCGAUAAUAAGCAUCUAUCCACUGAUCAAGACAUCUUUCCCGACAACUUUACACGCCGUGAAAUCGAGCAACUAAAGCACAAGUGCCCCAAUUCCCCCAUGGGCUGCUCUUUGAUAGCCUCGCCCAUUGAACUGAAUCGCCAUUUGCCAACAUGCCCGUACAGGCGCCAACAAAGCGAACAUCAUCACCAGGAUCUGGAAGUGGAUCAACAACAAAGGGAAAAGUGUCCAUUUGCUUCGAUAAAAUGUGAUUUUGUUGGCAGACCCGAAACAAAUCAAUUGGAGGAACAUCUAAAGCUCGACGUACCGCAUCACAUGCAACUGAUUCUAAAGGCUUUUCAACAAACCACAUUAGACUCUUGGCAGCCGCAUAAAUCGAAUUCAUCGACUUCCCCAAAUCCGCCACCACCGCCGGCCCAAUAUGCCAACGGUGUGGACGAGCAAAUCGUUCAGGCCAUGUAUCAGAGAAUCGUGAUACUAGAGCAACGUGCCCGAGAGUACGAGACACGCGUAGAGAAUCUCAACAAAGAGUUGCGCCUAUGCCGGCAACAACCGAUCGAUGCCCGCUAUAGCAAUGGCACAAUUAUCUGGCAAAUCGAGCAAUUAACUCCUCUUAUCACUCGCUUGCGAGCCAAUGCCAACAAUCAGGUCUAUUCCCAUGAGUGUUAUACCUCACCCUAUGGCUAUAAGUUUUGUGCUCGCUUAAAUAUUCAGCCACGAAAACCGCAUGUCUUGAGUUUGCAUGUCCAUUUGAUGCAAUCAGAGAAUGAUUUCCAUUUGGAUUGGCCCUUCAAGGGACGCAUUAAAUUAUGCAUGGUGCAUCCAGCUGAUAAGAGCCUAUCGCAACAUGAUACCAUUAUGACCAAGCCAGAGAUAUUGGCGUUUCAUCAGCCACGCGAGGCAAUUAGCACACGAGGAUUUGGUUUUCUCGAGUAUGCCAACAUAUCGAAUAUAAUGCAUUUGGGUUUUUGUGCCGAUGAUCGUUUACUGAUCAAAAUUGAAAUUAAUAUUGUGUGAAAAGCAAAAGGAUAAACCAACCAAUGGGAACAGACAAACACAAACAUAAAUAAUUCCAUAGUAGUAGAACAGAAAAUGAAACUUAGACUACAUAUACAUAUACAAAUAUUAAUACAACAAUUAGUUAUUAUAGUGUAGCGUAUAUUUUAUAUAGACUUACAGUAUAAACGAUAAUUAGUCACAACAUCACAUCGCCAAGCAAUACUUCUUAGAAUGGGUUAUACUACUCAAAUAUGUAUGUAUAUCCAUCUAUCUUUUGAAUAAGUUUCAUCUCUCACUCUGUUCUAUGCAUUCCAUUGAUCAAACUUUUUUUUUUGUUUUGUUUUAAUCUCUGAUUUAGCAUAUAUAAAUAUAUGUAUGUAGGUAGAAAUCUUACUAGACUUAUAAUAUCCAUACAGAUUAGGAGAUCUUUUAAAUGAGGCAUCUUGUACUUAAAAAUGAUUAUUUAACCAGUCAAUAAUAUUUGAUCGUUUUGAUAUCAAAUUGCAACCUCAAUACGUCCAUUAUUAGUGAGUAUUAUUUUAAAAUGUGUCCUUUUUUUUACGUUAUUUGCUUUUAUGUUUGUAGAAUAUACGAAAUAUAUACAUAUAU